UUUCUUUUUUUCCUUUUUCCUUUUUCCUUUUUUUCUUUUUUUGUCUUUGCUUUUUGUGACGGCCUCAGCGUCUGUUGACGUCAUUAGUACCUGGAACAACCAAAACCCAAAACCAACCCCAUAUCUUCUUUCUAAUUCCAAUCAUGUCCCGCCGUAGCGGAGGGCGUGGUGUCUAUGAAAGAGACACCUACGAACUGGACCGCCACGACCAUCGCGGAAACUACGAUCAUGUCUUUGAAGAGGACGUCGAGACCCGUUUCCGUCGACGUCCUCAUGCCCCUGAUGCAUCCCGUGUUCGAGAAAUAGAGAGGGUUCGUGCGCAGGGCCACUCGCCGCCAUCAGAGUUCGUUCGAAAAUCAUACGGGCGCAGCUCUAGUGCGGGCCCACUGGUGAGAAUGCCACGGGUAAGAGAUGAUGAUUAUGAGUUUAUUGAGCAUGAGCAUGAACGUGGCCAUUGGGAUGGGCAUGAACAUAGGAGAGGUGAUAUUGGACCCGUCCAUCGGCGGUCGAGGAUUGUGGAGAGAAGGUUCUCUCCCCCGCCGUCGCAUGCUAGGGGCUUCGAGCGUGAGGAGCUUGUGCUGCGGAGGGAGAGGUCUAGGCCACCACCACCUCGCGAGCCGAGGUUUGAAAGAGAUGAAUUUGUUUUAAGAAGGGAGAAGGACCAUGGGCUUGAGAGACGUCCGGUAAGGGCGUAUGAUUGGGAAUGGGAGUUGGAGAGGGAGAGGAGCAGAGAAAGGGAGCGGGAGAGGGACGUUGAAACAGAACGAGGGCGAGAGAGAGUUGAGCGAGAUCGUCGGAGGAGCUCUUACGUGCGGGAAAGAUCAAAUAUGAGGGGAGAUACAGAAGAGAUAAUUGUCCGCAGAGACGAACGGGGAGGGAAUACUGGCCACGGUAAGGGUGAUGUGAAGAGAGAGGAAGUGAUAAUCAGGAGGAGGGAUGAAAGUUCGUCUUCGUCGGACUCAUCUUCACACCCACCGAUUGAACCACCUCCCAUUCGCGCCCCUCCUAUUCACCAGGAGGUGAUUACACAUCAUCGGCAUAUCGGUCAUGGAUAUGAGGUUGUCCACCCACACCCACCUCCGUCGGAGGCAAGCUCACGACACGUCGAUGACGAAAUUGAAAUUCGGAGAAGACGGGAACGCAACGGUCGAAGUUAUGACGAUGAAAUUAUAAUCGAUCGUGAAUCCAGCCGUCACCGAGGGCGAGAAAGAUUUGCCCCUGCACUUUCUCCUCCCCGAAGGCGGGCAAGUCCUCACCAUGGCGACAGGAAUGAAUCCGAACUUCUCAUCUCACAUCGAACAUCUAGGGGCCCUGCUCACGACAAUGAACGGCAUCGGGAUGUCGUCAUAAUGCGUGAUCGCGAAGGCAGUACCCGAGGUCAACGGGAACCAGCCAAUAUCCGCGACGAGGCAGAGUAUUACAAUCGCCUUGCUCACAAGGGGGGUCAUAUUGGAGAAGCAUACAAUGGCGCAACGAAGGACUGGUCCAUCGUAGAUGUUCCGCCCGGAACUAAGCGCGUGGAGCUAGAGGGUGUUGGCGGCGCCAGCCAGGAAAUUACAUGGCAGCGUUAUCAUGGUGUUCGACGGGCGAAGUUCCAUGUUGACGGGGAUGAAUAUUCCUCUGACAGGGAACGUACCCGAGACCAGGGCCGGAUCGGGAAGCGUUACGUGGGAGUUAAGGAUAAGCGGGACCGGCUCUGGACUGAAAUUACCAAGGAUCUCGUUGUUAAGGAGGCAAUCGAGAGGGCUGGGUACGAUUAUGAGGAAACACAGUAUUUCUACUAUGUUUUUGCUUAUUUGAAAUAUGACGAUGUUGCCCACCUCGUCGCGCUCUCACACGACUACCGCCAGGCGCGUCGUGAACGGAUCCGAGAGAUCCAACGGGAGCGCACCCGAAUGAUUACACCCCCUCCUCUACCUGCUCCUGCCCCGCCACCACCGGCAGCGCCAUUACUGCUUGAGAGACCAGACUACGGUGAAGAAAGAAUUAUUGAGCAUGAGGUAUUUGUCGAUGCGGACAAGGUUCCUCUCCCGAUGAGGGCUCGGAGAUGGUGAGCGGGAUUGAAAAGAUUCCGCUUUCAUAUUACGUUUUGUUUGAGCCUGCUUAUUCGAUGUCUUAUUUUAUUCGGGCUAUCUUACCUAUUUUGAUUUUUCUUUUAUUAGCUGGCAUGGUAAUUUCCCUUCAUUACCAUGGUUGAUUUGCAGGAGGUGAUAACUUAGGUGAUAACUUACCCCUUGCUGUCUUUUGUUACCCUUUUCCAGCCUUCCUUGCUGCAUCUGGAGCAAAUGGAUGUUGAUGCUUCAACUUUCCAUAUUUCACGAUGCGGCCUUGUUGAUACUGCUCUGUGACUUUCUUAUGCUUUUACGUGGUUUCCUUUUCUUUUCACUCUGCAGUCAACGACGUGAUGAUUAACGAUAUUUGGAGUUGUGAAGGGGCGGAAUUGUAGCCCCUGUUUCAAUAUUGCUGUCUAGAAACGGAAAGGAUGAAAGGCAUGUAUCUAUAUAACAUUUUCGAUAUAAUAUUAGGAAAGUCUAUAGAUUUAUCUAUCCUAUGG